ACAUCACCUGGACGCGCCGCCGGCGGAAGUGACGCCUUUAUCCCGCGCCCAAUGCUGGUUCUCCUCAGUCUCCGGGUCCGGUGGCGGCGGCGGCGGCGGCGGUGGUGGCGGCAGUCGCAGUGUGUGUCUUAACUCAAAUGGGUGAUGAAAAGGAUUCUUGGAAAGUGAAGACUUUAGAUGAAAUUCUUCAGGAAAAGAAGCGAAGGAAGGAACAAGAAGAGAAGGCAGAGAUAAAACGCAUAAAAAAUUCUGAUGAUCGGGAUUCCAAGCGGGAUUCCCUUGAAGAGGGGGAGCUGAGAGAUCACCGCAUGGAAAUAACAAUCAGGAAUUCACCUUAUAGGAGAGAAGAUUCUAUGGAAGAUAGAGGUGAAGAAGAUGAUUCCUUGGCCAUCAAACCACCCCAACAAAUGUCACGUAAGGAAAAAGCUCAUCACAGGAAGGAUGAAAAAAGGAAAGAGAAGCGCCGGCAUCGCAGUCAUUCAGCAGAGGGAGGGAAGCAUGCCAGAGUGAAGGAGAAGGAGCGAGAACAUGAGCGACGGAAAAGGCAUCGGGAGGAGCAGGAUAAAGCUCGGCGGGAAUGGGAGAGGCAGAAAAGGAGGGAGAUGGCUCGAGAACAUUCCAGGAGGGAGAGGCAUCUGAUUGCUUCCAGGGAUCGUCUUGAACAGCUGGAGCGAAAGAGAGAACGAGAGCGAAAGAUGAGGGAGCAGCAGAAGGAGCAGAGGGAACAGAAGGAGCGGGAGAGACGGGCCGAGGAGAGGCGCAAAGAGCGAGAGGCCAGAAGAGAAGUUUCUGCCCAUCACAGAACAGUUCGUGAAGACUAUGGAGACAAAGUAAAAAUAAGUCACUGGAGUCGCAGCCCAUUACGCCAGCAGCGAGAGAGAUUUGAGCAAGGGGAUGGCAGGAAGCCAGUCAAAGAGGAGAAACUGGAAGAGAGGGAUCCCCUUUCUGAUUUACAAGAUAUCAGCGACAGUGAGAGGAAGACCAGCUCAGCUGAGUCCUCAUCAGCAGAGUCAGGAUCUGGCUCUGAGGAGGAAGAAGAAGAGAGCAGCAGUGAGGAAUCAGAAGAGGAGGAGGAGGAAGAGGAGGAAGAAGAGGAGGAGGAGACAGGAAGCAAUUCUGAGGAAGUAUCUGAGCAGUCCGCUGAAGAAGUGAGUGAAGAAGAAAUGAGUGAAGAGGAAGAGCAAGAGAAUGGAAACCAUAUCUUAGUUGUUACAGAGUCAAGGUUUGACCGAGAUUCAGGAGAGAGUGAAGAAGGUGAAGAAGAAGCAGGAGAGGGGACUCCACAGUCUAACGCCAUGACGGAAGGAGAUUAUGUGCCCGACUCUCCAGCACUAUCUCCCAUCGAGCUGAAGCAGGAGCUCCCCAAAUACCUUCCUGCUCUCCAGGGCUGUCGGAGUGUGGAAGAAUUCCAGUGUCUGAACAGGAUCGAAGAAGGCACCUAUGGUGUGGUAUACAGAGCAAAAGACAAAAAGACAGAUGAAAUUGUGGCUCUGAAGCGGUUGAAAAUGGAAAAGGAGAAAGAAGGCUUCCCGAUCACCUCCCUCAGGGAGAUCAACACCAUCUUGAAAGCUCAGCACCCAAACAUCGUCACUGUCCGGGAGAUCGUGGUGGGCAGCAACAUGGACAAAAUCUACAUCGUGAUGAAUUAUGUGGAGCAUGACCUCAAGAGCCUCAUGGAGACCAUGAAGCAGCCCUUCCUGCCAGGGGAAGUGAAGACGCUGAUGAUCCAGCUCCUGAGGGGGGUGAAGCACCUUCAUGACAAUUGGAUCCUUCACCGGGACCUAAAGACUUCCAACCUGCUGCUCAGUCAUGCGGGCAUUUUAAAAGUUGGCGAUUUUGGGCUGGCCAGAGAAUACGGCUCCCCCCUGAAAGCUUACACGCCGGUGGUGGUGACCUUGUGGUACCGGGCCCCAGAGUUGUUACUAGGAGCAAAGGAAUAUUCCACGGCGAUAGACAUGUGGUCAGUGGGCUGUAUAUUUGGAGAGCUGUUAACUCAGAAGCCCCUAUUUCCAGGGAAGUCAGAGAUCGACCAGAUCAACAAAGUCUUUAAGGACUUGGGAACUCCUAGUGAGAAGAUUUGGCCCGGGUACAGCGAGCUUCCGGCGGUGAAGAAGAUGACUUUUACAGAAUAUCCCUAUAAUAAUUUGCGGAAAAGAUUUGGGGCCCUCCUGUCUGACCAGGGCUUUGACCUGAUGAACAAGUUCCUGACCUACUAUCCUGGCCGGAGGAUCAAUGCAGAAGACGGCUUGAAGCACGAGUACUUCCGAGAAACCCCCCUUCCCAUCGACCCUUCCAUGUUCCCCACGUGGCCGGCCAAGAGCGAGCAGCAGAGGGUGAAGCGCGGCACCAGCCCCCGCCCUCCCGAGGGAGGACUUGGGUACAGCCAGCUGGGCGACGAUGACCUCAAGGACACCGGCUUCCAUCUCACCACCACCAAUCAGGGGGCGUCCGCCGCUGGCCCGGGCUUCAGCCUCAAGUUUUAACCUCCCGCCAGGCCACGGAGCAGAGGAAACCCUGGCAGAGCCGCCACCUGGCCUGGCUGUGAGCACGUGUGGACGUGUGGUGCGGACGGGCCGGGGGCAGGCCUUUCCCUGCCCUGCGUGGACGCCCUGCGGCCCGGCCCAGAGGGCUAAGAGGACGGGACAUCCAGAGGAGCCCAAGCUGCAUUCUGGGAACUUGGGUGUUUUGUUCUCUGUUUGGUUUUUUUACCUUUUGUCUUCUUUGGGCUUGUGAAUUUGUAGAAUCCGAGGUCCAGCUUUCUUGUCAAGCUGGCAUUUCCUUGGGCCGCUGGGCCGUCCUGCAAGGGGCAGGGGUGCAGGGGGGCGUCUGCUUUUCACCGGGACGCCCUCAGCACGAAGCCAGCCAUGCUGCUGGGGGAGCCGGGGGUCCUCGGGCCACCGCAGCCAGUUUGGAUGGCAGCUUUGGAUGGAAGCUGGUGGUUGUUGAAAUGCAUUAAAGCAUAUGUGAUCCCUGUCGGGGCUCCCAGCUCCCAGCUCUCCCCAGCUCAGUGCCCGUCGCCUCGACGUCCUGUUUUAUACUCUCGAGCCCGGUUUUCUAGGUGAACCACGACACCCGCUCCCCGGGAGCAGGGCGACGAGCUUUGGUCCCGUUACCAGAUUCUGUACAAAGUUGGACAUUCACGCAAACUUAGCCACAGUGACGUUUUUGUAUAUUGAGAUUGACAAAUUUUAAAAUAUAGUAAAAUAUUCUUGGAGGAAAA